AUGGGGCUUGAUUUGCUUCUGAAAGCCUUUCGCCACGAGCGCAAGCUGCGAAUUCUCCAGUUUUUUCUUGACGUAGUGGCUGAGUCCGGAAACACCUUCGAGCAGAAUCUCCUUUUCGCCCGGGGAAUCGACACAAUUGACCCUAGAAAUAUUGAGGCUAUUUUAUCAAGUCACUUCACUGACUUUGGACUUGGAUUGCGACCUCCGACUUUCGACCCUUUGUUAGGAAGUGGUAUCUUCACUCAAGACGGCAAACAGUGGCGACACUCGCGAGAUCUCCUGCGACCGCAAUUUAUGACCAAUCGGUCCAAUAACUUCGAGCAAAUCGCAGAUGCCGUGAAAAAUCUCAUUUCCUGCGUGCCAGAUAAUGACUUGAUUGAUCUACAGCCCUUGUUUUUCCGCCUAACCUUCGAAACCACACUCUUUUUAUUGUUUGGACAGCAUCUGCCGUCUUUGAAAUCAGAAGGCAUAGCAGGCCGUGAAUCCGAGUUUGCAGAAGCUUUCAAUCUAAGCCAGGACUACCUUGCCCAACGAGGUCGUCUUGGCGAUUUAUACUGGCUUCUAGGGGGUAAGAGGUUUCGGGAUGCCUGUAAAACCUGUCAUAAUUUUGUAGAUAGCGCUGUUAAAAAGGCCCUAAACAGUUCAGACACGGCGGAAAAUAAUGACUCGAAGACGACACCGUACGUCUUUAUCGACGCACUCGUCAAAGAAAGCAGUAACCCGAAAGUUCUGAGAGACCAAUGCCUUAAUAUCUUGCUAGCUGGAAGAGAUACCACGGCAUGUUGCCUCACAUGGAGCCUUCGACUUCUAGUGCAGCAUCCCCAAGUUCUCUUCAAGCUCCGUUGCGAGAUCAGAGAUACAGUUGGUUUUGGCCCAGAAGCGUCGAUACCUACAAUAAGUCAAAUUAAAGCACUGCCAUAUUUGUCGCUUGUUCUCAAAGAAGUUCUUCGCUUAUAUCCAUCUGUACCGGUAAACUCGCGAGCGGCUCUGAAGACUACGACCCUCCCCGUUGGUGGUGGUCCUACUGGGACAGCUCCUGUGCUCGUCCGAAAGGGUGAAGCAGUGGGAUACUGUGUCUAUGCCAUGCACCGUCGAAAAGAUAUCUAUGGGCCGGACGCUGAUCAAUUUCGCCCUGAGCGUUGGAAAAACGAUGCCCUGAAGAAUGUCGGGUGGGGGUAUUUGCCCUUCAACGGAGGACCAAGGAUAUGUUUAGGACAGGAUUUUGCGCUGUUAGAAGCUGGAUUUACAAUCGUAAGGCUGUUACAAACAUUUGAAAUCAUUGAUAUGACAGAAAAGUUCAAUGUGCCAGUUGGCGAGGAAAAGCAGGUGCUCACAUUGGUGGUCUCUAGUGGCGAUGGUUGUUGGGUCAGGAUGAGAAGAUAUGGAGCAUUGGACUCCAAACAAGCGUCACUCGAUGACUGGUCUUCCUAA